CCAACAAAGCGAACAAACCAGCAGCACAACACUUGAAGCAUCAUGAAGACUGCCUGUAUCUGCCUGGCUCUGGGACUGGUCGUCAUGAUGGCUCUAUCCUCUGAGGCUCUCAUUUAUGGGGUCGAAGCGGCUCCUAAGGAUUGCUGCUUCAACUUUGUCUCUAACCGGAUGAAUAUGAAAUCAAAAGCCAUCGUGACAGCCAGACGGACAGACGCAAAAUGCCCCAAAGCAGCCAUCAUUGUUACAACAGCCAUGGGAAGAGAUUUGUGUGUGAACCCGUCCUCCAAAUUUGGCAAAAGACUGGCAAAGACCAUCAAAGCCUGAGAUUCAGGAUUUUCAGCAUAAUCUUAGUCUCAAGAGAAUUUAACUUUUUCAUUCAACCUUAUUGGCACCACAAUGGUAUUAUAUGUCUUUGUUAAUUAAGACUCUUGUGUAUUGUCAUGGCAAUUUUCUUAUGAUGUACAGCUUUUUCAGCAAAUAAUGGGAUCGCCGGCGAUCCCAUGUAAGAACUAGGCUUACUUGUGUCGAAUUGUUAAAAGCAGGUUUUCAU